AUGGGUAGAAGAAUUGAAUCCCUAAUGGUUAGAUUAUGGAGUGCCAAUUGUUUCAGAAAGUUUUGUUCUAAGCAUUUCCCAGAUAAUCCCAUUCAUCCCUAUAGAUUAUGUGGAAAGCAUUUGGGUUAUUUGACGGUUUUAAUGAAUGUUGCUUUGGCAAGGGAAAAGAGGUUAUAUAUUCUCUCCGUUCUCAUGAAGAAAUAA